UAAGUGAUUACACUAGUACAUCUCUUUAUAUCAUAUAAUAUGUGUAACAGAGACAGCGGAGAAAAAAAAACACCUGCGCCUUGCCGCCUUCUCUCACUUCGACUGGACAGAUCCUUCAAAGGCAGAGAGAGGAGCUGAGGCAACCAACUAAGAGUUAGAUAUCCUUAAUGCAUGCAUGGAUCCGAGUAUUAAACAGCACUUAACAGAAGCAGUUGAACAGAAAAAUGGUGAAUAUGCACUUAUUAGAGAUGCGGAAAUCCCGCAGCUGAGCAUUUAUGAUAAACCUCUUCCUUGCUUUGGCUGUGGGAUAGGGUGGUUUUCUCUUCUGCUUGGAUUUGUUUUCCCAUUGAUGUGGUAUUAUGCCACCAUUCUCUACUUUGGAAACUACUACCGCAAAGACCCAAGAGAAAGAGCUGGACUUGCUGCCUCUGCAAUAGCUGCAUUGAUAUGUACAAUUGCUUUGAUAAUCACAAUAGCUAUUCUCGUCUUCUAGUUCGUCCUACUGCAGUCUGUAUCUUUAGUACUGCUUAAGGAGCUUCCUCGAACAAAAGGUGAGACAAGAAUACAUGCAGUUGUCCAUCUGCAACAGAAGGAAAGAAGCAAGAAGGUAUUAUACCUCAGAAUCAUUGAAGGUUCAGUUAUCUGCAUUGUAGACCCCGUUAGUGAUGAACAUAACACAGAAUCUAUAUUACAGCUUUGUAAUAUCCAUGUCGUAGAGGAAUUGUAUGUACUGGUAACACAAGCACGACGUAAUUACUGAUAUAUCUCUUGAGACAUUGAAACUUUCAGUUUUCAUUUUGAAAACAGAGGAAAAUUCAUGCUUCA